AUGAGUCUUUGCAAAAUCUGUCAAGAAGCGUUACCUGACUUUUCAUUCUCAGCUGGGGUUGGCAAUGCUCCUAUAAUUCGUAACGGACUAUCAGCAAAGCCAUGCACGUGGGAAAAGAAAAAAAAACCCAAACAGCCCUCGCAAACUCAAUGGCUUAUGAAAGGGCGUUUCUCACUACACUCCUCUUGGGAGACGUUCGUGACGUCCUUGGAAGCUGAUUGUCCUCUCUGUUGGACCUGUUGGCGGGCGAUUCGAUCAUCGCCAAUCGCGUCACCAAGCGAUGAAAAAAUAGCCGACUUUCAAGCGAUGAUUACGUACGGCCAUUUUGAUGUCGAAGAUGACUUAUUUAACCUCUGGGUCUGUCUUGAGGGAACUGGAAUGAAGGCAGCGAGGCUUCGCCUGAACAUCACAAAGACAACAAGGGAAGUCUAUGAAGACAGCAUCUUGCCACAGAACUAUAGAGACAUGCUUGAUAUAUGUCGCGCGAUACCAGUUCGGUACAUCUGGAUUGAUUCCCUCUGCAUUAUACAAGAUGACAACGGCGCUGAUUUCCGUCAUGAAGCUCCCAUCAUGCUCGAUGUCUAUCGCUUCGCUUUUCUGACCCUGAUGAUACUGUGGGAGUUUUCAGAUUCUACUGUUUUUCGCGAGUGUCGACCCAGUACUAUAGCCCGGCCCCGGCCUCAUUCCUGCAAGCGCUCUACAUUGGCAGAAAACGGCCAAGAUUCUUUCCAAGAUUCAGCGUCCAAUGCGCACAAUUACGCAUUUGUCAGGGUCGAAAACACAGGGAGCUACAAUUUCGAUGUGAACAACGCGCCCAUCAACAAAAGGGCAUGGGUUCUGCAGGAGCGAUGCCUGUCACGACGGAUUCUCUGCCUCGGAAACGAGGAACUGUAUUGGGAGUGUGAAGGCGACUCAUCGGGCCCUCUUAUCGCAAGUGAAACUUCUCCUUGGGGUGUUCCGCACAUCUCACGCCGCGAAGGCCUUGACAGUCUCACAGGCAGCAAUAGUGGCGAGUGUUGGAAUUCUCUUGUCGAGGAGUAUACAUCAUGCCAGUUGACGUUUGAGGAAGACAGGCUCGUUGCCUUUUCUGGAAUUGCUAGGGCCGUUGCGAAGCUGACUGGCGAUACUUAUUUUGCUGGCAUAUGGCUUGAGACAUGGAUGCAGGACCUUCUUUGGGAGCCGGACAGAGUAAGAGAAAAGCCGGCUCGGGUGAAGCCUGCUACAAUGGGUACACAGAGCAUGGUCCUGCCUUCAUGGUCCUGGCUAAGCUUUUCUGGAUCUAUUCGUCCUGGUCUAGUUGUAGCCAAUGGGGAGUGCCCGAGAAUCCUUCUGACAGAACCGAAUUCUUUCAAAUCAGACAGGUUUGACUGCCUGGCUUUACUCAGUCAAACGAAAAUUACACCUCCAGACUCUGACCCUUAUGUCACCUUCCAUCAAGCUAUUCUUCAAAUCAGAGGCUUACUUGUCCCUGUGGAUUUCAGCGGGAUUGCGGACAUGCAUAACUUGCCAUCAUUCUUCAGGAUCACUCACAAUAUUGAGUUAAAUUCAAUAGGGCUAGAUUGCUUAAGCCUUAUACCAUGCAGAGAGAAAGAAGAUGGCUAUGCUGUACUUAUUUUGUCGUUCAGCAAACCAUUGAACGAAUCCUCUCGCUACUUCUUCAUCCCACUAUUUCUGCGCAAAGAUAAAUAUCAAGAACCCAUCAAGUUCAGUCCUAACGACACAGAGGGCCAUGGGAUCAUUGUUGAAGAAAUAUUCGCAGACCGCGAACGUCAGUUCAUCAGAGUCGGGAGGUGGCAAGAAGAUAUCAGCUUGCCCUCUCAACUUGGUCCAUUGAUCAGCAACACUAUCGUACAACAAGGAAUCGGUGAAACGGUCUCUGGCAGGACCGAAGAUAUUGCGGAGCUGGAACGAAGUUUCGACUCCAACAUGCACGAAUAUGCUGUGCGCCAUGCCUCCUCGAUGAUCAACUUUCCCAGGAAUUGCACGAGUCAGCUAGACCAAGACCGAUUGAAUGACCAAAAGCAGAAUGACAUUGGCGCAAAGGACAAUGGGGAGUUUGAUGAGGAUCGCGGCGGAGAAGACCGAGAGGAGAAAGAACAGAUGAUGGUCGAUUCUGUUAAAUGUUCAGAAUUACCUCACUUUUCGAAAGCCGAAUGGUCUUCUAUCUCGUUAGUAUAG